GCUCUUUUCAGCUGGUGUGGCUCUCUUUAGCGCAAGCAUUAGGGUUUUCCUAUACAAUCCGUUUUCAUCGUCUUGCUACAGAACUUGAUUGUAAAGUUUACACGUUAAAGAGUAAGGAUAUUAAUUGAGGAAUUUAUUCACAAUGCCUGAGGCGAAGACAAACGCUGGAGAUGGAAAUAAACAAGGUGCUUUCAAAGACAAGGAUAAGCCCACCGAGAUUCGUAUGAGUAACAUCACAGCAGCAAAAGCUGUUGCAGAUGCGAUCAGAACAAGUCUUGGGCCUAAAGGGAUGGACAAAAUGAUCCAAAGUGGAAAUGGUGAUGUAACAAUCACCAAUGAUGGUGCCACAAUUUUGAAGCAAAUGCAGGUGUUGCACCCAGCUGCAAGAAUGCUGGUAGAGUUGUCUAAAGCACAAGACAUAGAGGCUGGAGAUGGUACAACAACUGUAGUAGUGAUUGCUGGAAGCUUACUCAGUGCUAGUGCUAAACUACUGGAGAAAGGAAUUCACCCCACCACUGUAUCUGAAUCUUUUGAGAAGGCAGCUGCUAAGGCAGUGGAAAUACUGACAACCAUGUCCAUGCCAGUUGCUUUAAGUGACAGAGCAUCUCUACUGAAAAGUGCAAUGACAUCCCUCAGUUCUAAGGUUGUCUCUCAGUACUCAAAUCUUCUGGCACCAAUCACGGUUGAUGCUGUCCUGAGAGUCAUUGAUCCUGCAACAGCUGAAAAUGUUAACCUUAAAGAUAUCCGAGUUGUGCAGAAAUUAGGUGGCACAGUAGAUGAUACAGAGCUGGUGGAGGGUCUUGUUCUGGAACAAAAAAUCAGCCAUUUGGCUGGAGGAAUAUCACAAGUGGAGAAAGCCAAAAUUGGACUUAUACAGUUCUGUAUUUCUCCUCCAAAAACAGAUAUGGAAAAUCAAGUAAUAGUUAGUGACUACACACAGAUGGACAGGGUGUUACGGGAGGAACGUCAGUACAUCCUUGAUAUCUGCAAGAAAAUAAAAAAGGCAGGAUGUAAUGUUCUGCUCAUCCAAAAAUCUAUUCUAAGAGAUGCUGUCAGUGACCUAGCCCUCCAUUUCUUGAACAAAAUGAAGAUUCUUGUUGUUAGGGACAUAGAGAGAGAUGAAAUAGAAUUCAUAUGCAAGAGCUUAGGAUGUAAACCAAUUGCCAGUUUGGAUCACUUCACUCCAGAGAUGUUGGCAACUGCAGAGCUUGUGGAGGAAGUACCCCUGGGUACCAGCAAAGUAGUUAAGGUGACAGGGGUAACCAAUCCUGGUCGAACUGUCAGUAUAUUGGUGAGAGGAUCCAACAAGCUUGUCUUGGAAGAGGCUGAGCGAUCACUUCAUGAUGCUCUUUGUGUUGUGAGAUGCUUGGUUAAGAAGAGAGCUCUCAUAGCGGGAGGCGGAGCUCCAGAGAUCGAAGUGUCCAUCAAGCUGGCUGAACAUGCGCGCACGUUGACAGGAAUGGAGGCGUAUUGUGUCCGUGCAUUUGCAGAGGCGUUGGAAGUUAUCCCUUACACACUCUCCGAGAAUGCUGGUCUGAAUCCUAUUGCUACAGUCACGGAGCUAAGGAACAGGCAUGCAAAGGGCGAAACUACCGCAGGAAUAAACGUCAGGAAGGGCACAAUUACUAAUAUUCUAGAAGAGAACGUUCUGCAGCCGCUUCUCGUGUCAACCAGUGCCAUUCAGUUGGCAUCCGAGACAGUUCGUAGCAUUCUGAAGAUCGAUGACAUUGUAAAUACAAGAUAAAUGUCGAAGGAAAGAUAUCAUUAAGAAGCCAUGUGCCGCUGGGAUGCGAGCGCGUGUACAGGAGAAACUAAAAAGACCACAAACAGAUCGAAACCUACUCAAAAUAAACUGUUCAGCUUGAUAUGAACAAUUUGCACAGUGUUGAGUCACCAGUUUCUCCAUUAUGAAAUGGAGACAUUUGGCAACUGAAUUACUCAGAAUUCCUGGCUUUCAAUAUUAUUAAAGAGAGUGAAAUAC